AUGAUGAGCGGCCUGACGUCUUCCUCGCGGGAGGAGCUGCUGCGGUUGGAUGAGGAGCGAGCGGCAGUUAUGAGGCAGAUAGAGGAGGCGAUGGCGUUUCUCAACACAACACCGGUGGGAUUGGAUGGCCCUCUCGUUGACGGGGAAGGCUUCCCGCGUAAUGACUGUGACUUGUAUGCCGUACGUCGAGCUCGGCAGGCGGUGAUCUGCGGGAGAAACGAUCUCAAGGCAUUGGAGAAUUCCAUGCACGAAAAGCUUGCCUUGCUGCACGAGGAAAACCAGGAGGAGGCAACGAAGCAGAUGGAAAGAGAUAACGAGGCGCGGCGGAAAGGCAAAUCCGAAGCUGUGCAACGUGAGCAGCGAAGGCGCCUGGUGCGUGAAAUGUCGAAAAAAUCACCGUUUGUUCGGGUUUUGACGACUUCAGCUAACAGUCCUGGCGCGCAGGCGGGUUUGACUGCGGGCGACCUUAUCGUGCAGUACGGUGAAAUUGAUGCGACGACGGUGGCGGCAAAAGGAUUUGGCGAGAUGGCACGGGUGACAGCCAGUCACGAAGGGAAAAUGAUCAGCGUGUGGGUGAAGCGCAAGGGUGAGGCGGAGGAUGAGGCUGUUGAGAUUUUGUUGGUGCCAACGCGUUGGGCUGGUAGCGGUCUCAUUGGGUGUGAAUUUGAGCCGUGCUUGCAGGGAUAA